UGGUACAGAAUGGAGGCCUCUGCCUCCGGCGUGUUCUGCAGCAGGAUGUUGAGCAUGGUGAACCGUGAAGAUGUUAAUGCCAUUGUCCAGGCACAGAGACACAUGCUGGACCGUUUCGAGAAGACGAACGAGAUGUUACUGAACUUCAACAAUCUGUCAAGCGUGAGGCUAAAUCAGAUGACAGAACGGUACCAGCACCAUACCAGGGCACUUGUGGACAUGAAAAAGGAUCUUGACAAUAUCUUUCGGCGAAUAAGGAUUUUGAAGGACAAACUGGCAAAGCAACACCCAGAAGCAUUCAGCAGUGUCUACAAUUCCCUGGCUGCAGAAGAUGAUGAGGAUUUUGAUCCAAUCCCGCAGGGCUCAUUACCGCUUUCUGCCACUUUGGAUCUGAGCUCUGACUCCAGUAACACCAGCCCAACAUUACUGUCCACUGGAGCAAGUGGGGACUCAGAAGACGCCUCACAGGGACUUGCCGACACUCUGGCUAUUAAGGGACAGAUUGAUGGUCAUGAGCAGUCUGUCAGGGUAGGUGGGGGAGAGUAAACUCCAAAAUGCACCUGGAUAAUGUGUCUUCUCCAUCAGGAGGGUGUAGGCAGCCUGGAAACCAGGCUCAAGGACCCAGCAAGCUCUUAAAGAAGCUUCUAGCCCGUUACUGUCAGAGCAAAGACACUGAAGUUAAUGCCUGAGGAGCUAUGAAUUCUCUUCAAGCGUUGGCUGUUUUUCUUGCUUUUUUUUAUUGCAGUGUGAAUUACUGUUUCUAAAAAUAUUCGGUGACCCCCACUCACUAUGUGAUCCUGGGGGUUAACAUGAAACAUACUCAGUGUGACUGUAGGAUUUGUGCAGUGUGGAUUUAUGAUAAAAAAUGUACAAUGAGACAAAAUAAAAUGUCGCCAGCAGCUGCAGCUGA